GAGUGUAUGUGCGUGGCGUUAGGAAAGUAGUGAUUAUAGGUCGUGCGCAAGUUAAAGGGCGCAGCUCCUUUCCCACCAGUCGCUCCGGGCGACGUCUUUUUACUUGCUGAGUGGGGUUUCUUUUCAACUCGCUAUCCGGACUGCCCUUGAUCAGUAUGAACAAGCAGCUAUUGGGACGUACCUGCAGCGGCCGGUCCGUGGCGGGGACUGGCCUGCGACAUGGCCACACGCUUCGUCGCCCAGUGCCCUUUGCUCCGAGUCGUCUGCCGCCCGCACGCGCGACCGGUAAACCUGGCGAUGAGGAGCCUGAAAACUAUGAGGCUCUGCGGGAGCGCUUCUUUCGCAGCGGCGAGGGCGCAAGCAGCUCUAAUUCACCGCAGCAGCAGCAAGGCCCGGCCAAGGACGCCGACGGCGCAAACCUGCUGAACGUGAUCAACCCUUAUGAGCUGGGCCGACAGACGCGCAAGGCGUUCGACGACGUGUGGGGCCAGCUCUCCCGUGUGAGCUCGCCCACACGCAGCUUCAUCAUCGACGAUGUCCUCGAGGUCGGGGUCGGGGCGGACGCUGAGUUCGCGGCGCCGCAGGCCGCCUACACCACGGUGCUUGUGGUGGGAGCGACGGGGCGCGUGGGGCGCAUCCUGGUCCGCAAGCUGCUGCUGCGCGGCUACAAGGUGAAGGCGCUGUUCCGCAACCGUGCCGGCGUGGGCAAGGACGCCAUCCCAGACGCGGUGGAGGUUGUGGAGGGCGAUGUGGGAGACAUGGCCACGUGCCAGAAGGCUGUGCAGGGCGUCAGCAAGGUGAUCUUCUGCGCCGCCGCGCGCUCCGUGUUCACGGCCGACCUGCUGCGCGUGGAGGACCGCGGCGUCAUGAACAUGGUCAAGGCCAUGCAGGAUGAGCUGUUCCGCCGCAGCAAGCGCACCGGCUCCAAGUUCAGCUCGGCGGCCAAGAAGGAGCUGGCGGACUUCAACUCGCGAUUCCACCAGGCUCGCUGGGACGUGCGUUUCGUGGGCACGCCCGAGGACGCCGCCGCCGCGGCCGAGGGGCGGCCCAGCCGCGACGCCGGCGACGCCUACGGCCGCGUCAAUGUGGCGGAGGCGGUGAUCACUGAUGACAACAACUUGCUGUUCACUGGCACGCUUAUGUCUCGCGGCGCGCUGGCGGAGGUGGGCGCGCAGCUGGCGGCCAAGCUGCCGGGCGGCGAGCACCGCACGGCCGGCACGGAGGGCCUCGUGUUGCGCGUGCGCGGCGACGCCCACAGCUACCUGCUCAUCCUGGAGACCAGCGAGGGCCACCGGUACGGCGCGCGCUUUCCCACGCGGGAGGGAUACCUCACCGUUCGCCUGCCGUACGCCGCUUUCCGCUCCGAGUACCAGGAUCAGCCACCUCUGGACCCCAGCAAGCUCUCAACCAUCGCUAUCCGGUACGAGAACCGGCGGCAGGGCAGCUCCCAGGUUGCGGCGCUGCGUGCCGCCAAGGGCUUGGCGGCUACGGACAUGGCGGCGCUGGCGGCGCAGCAGGCCCGCGACCAGCGCUUCAGCCUGGAGGUGGACUGGAUCAAGGCGGUGCCGGGCGGCAGCGAGCCGGACUUCGUGCUGGUGUCCUGCGCCGGCAAGUCGCGGCCUGGCAUUGACCCCGCCGACCUACGCAAGGUGAUUGACGCCAAGCGCCGCGGCGAGGAGAACCUGCGCACCAGCGGCCUGGGGUACAGCAUCAUUCGGCCAGGCACGCUGCUGGAUGAGCCCGGCGGUUACCGCGCACUGGUGUUCGACCAGGGCGACCGCAUCACGGAGUCCAUCGCCGCCGCUGACGUGGCGGACAUCUGCCUGCGCGCCCUGCACGAGCCCGAGGGCCGGAACAAGACCUUCGACGUGUGCUACGAGUACCAGGCUGACGAGGACAAUGCCAUGUAUGAGCUGGUGGCGCACGUGCCCGACAAGAAGAACAACUACCUUCGGGCCGCGGUGGCCUCGCUCGCCAAGAACACCUAGAGCAGAGCAGUAGCCGGCAGUAGCAGCAGCCGGCAGCAGCAGUAGCUGGCGGCAGCUGGGCAGUAGCUUGUAGCCGCUGGUACCUGAGCUUGCGGCAGCAGCUUGCUGUAGUGGAGUCUAGGGGCUGGCGCUGGCCAGGGAGGCCGGGGUGCAGAGAGCCAGGCGGCAGCGGCGGCAGCGGCGAUUUGUGUGGCGCGUGGCGUGGGCGCCGCAGCGGUGGAGGCGCCAGCGCGCGACGUUGCAGCGACAAGUGGCAUUCGGCAGCGAACGAGGAGGCGGAGGUGACAGCGGAGGCCGCUGCGUCUGCGGAGGGGAGCUUACUGACGCAGGGCGCGAUAGCAUGCAAAGGGCGCGGGGCGAGAUACGUGGAGAGGCGGAGCAGCGGCUGCUGCCGGAGCUGCGGCGCCUCGUGACAGCGGGAUAGAGCCGUCCAGCGCAACGCGACUGCGACGCUAAGGCUGUGGCGCUGUGAGGGGAGCCAGUGGAGAGCGAUACAGACUCACGUCAGGCAGGCGUUCGGAGGUCGGCGCACGGUGGCGGGUUUGUGGCGCGUGCGGCGACGUCCGCACAGCGCACGCGGGUGUGCAGCAUCGUACGGUAAAUGCCGCCCGCCUAGCAACGGCUGCGAGCGGGUGCGGUGGGCUAUGUGAGAGGUUUAGGGAGGGAGGGACAGGCGGGGGAUUGGAAGGGUCGUGGAGACGUGAGGGCGUUGAUUGCUGCAGGCAUGGCCGGCCCCGCGGGCGCAAGCACGAAGUCACCGCAGGGCCUGCUUGCGGGCUUGCUGACAGCUGCGUCUGGGUGCUUUGUGUGGCCCUUAUUUUGCGCGGUUCUAAGAGACGUCGUUUGAGAGCAAGAGAACUCCUGAAGCAGGUCAUCUAGGGAAAGGACCGGAGCGUAGAGCGCGCAUGUUGGCUGCGUGUGCGAUUUUGGUCUCAGGGCGUGUUUGCUGUGCCGUCAUGAGCAAGGCCACACAUAAGGCUGCGCGGACGGACAGCGCGCCUGACGAGCACGCCGCAGGACCACUUUUUUGCAGUCGUUGUGCCGCUGGUGUUUCCCAAACCCCUGAGAAGAGAUCUUGUGUCCCGGUUGUUGUACUCAUAUUUGAAACUAUGAAACCACGCCCCCGACCAGGAGGGGGCGGCCAAGCGUAUAAUUGUUUGCAGCGGCGUGAGUUGUUGUGGGCUGCUGGCUUGGCUUUGGGCUGGGGGCUUGAGGGUUGCCAGGGGCGAGGGUUGCCGCUAGUGUGAUUUUGGUUGGGAAGCCGGGGACCCCGUGUCGCGGCAUGCACAUGGAAACCCUUUCUGGGCGAGACUGGGCGGUGGUAGGGCUGGCUUGGAUGAAGAGGGGUCUUAGGAAUGCCGCAAGUGCUGUCCAGGGGCUUGCGCGUAUUCAUUCAUCAUCGUGUCGUCUUGCGGGCUCCAGGCCCAAGCGUGCCAGGAAGGCGCCUUGCUAAACGGUGCACGCGCGUUGCUUGCGAGACACGGGCCGUCGGCGUGCGGCCUGAGGCAGUGAGGCACGGAACACUGUAACUGUGCUUGGGU